CAGAGUCAGAUUCAGAGUCCUCAGUGCCACAAGGCAGCGGUAGACUGGGUCCAACUUCACCCGCGCAUGCGUAAUAAACCCAAGAUUUCUUUGGGAAAACAAAAUGGAGGGCAAUAAAGACGAAGCUCUGAAAUGCCGGCAUUUAGCAGAGAAAUACCUCCAACAAGGCGACACAGAUAAGGCCAUAAAGUUCUUGAAGAAGGCUGAGAAGCUUUAUCCCUCUAAAAAAGUCCAAGAUUUGCUAAAUUCUUUACUSAAAAAAGAAUCAUCUGAAGAAACUGAAGAAUCAGAGAAAAUCGAUGGAGUAAGACACAGGAAACAAACAAGUAGUCAUGGUGAAACUGCUAAUGGAAGUGUAACGUAUGACAAAAACUACACAACUGAGCAAGUAGAGGCUGUUAAAAGAAUAAAGAACUGCAGGGAUUACUAUGAGAUCCUAGGAAUCCCUCGUGAUGCUUCUGAUGCUGACAUCAAAAAGCAAUACAGAAAACUUGCCCUUCAGUUCCACCCAGACAAGAACAGGGCUCCAGGAGCUACUGAAGCAUUCAAAGCCAUUGGCAAUGCAUUUGCUGUGCUGACAGAUGAGGAUAAAAAGAAACGUUAUGAUAGAUAUGGUGAUGAGAAUCCUCAAAACCUUUACACUCAUAACCACUAUGAUUACUCUAGAGGUUUUGAAGCUGAUAUCACUCCAGAGGAAAUCUUUAACAUGUUCUUUGGUGGGCCUAUGCCUGGUGGUCGUGUUUAUGUUAAUCGAAGGCACAGAAAUAGAAACCACCAUCAUUCACAUGUUCACGAUGAGGGACAGGAGGUUAACCAGACUUUAUACUCAUUGGUUCAGUUUUUACCCAUACUGCUAUUAGUCUUGAUGUCAUUGUUGAGUACUUUCAUGUUACAAGACCCUAUAUAUUCAUUACAGAGAACAGGAUCAUAUUACUUGGAAAGACAAACAAAUAGGUACAAAAUAAAUUAUUACGUCCAGGAAGGAUUUGAUGAAAAAUAUUCCGAAGCUAAAAGUUUACAUAAACUAGAGAGGCAUAUUGAAAACGAAUACAUCAACAGAGUACAAUCACAGUGUUACAGGGAAAGACAAUACAGAGAAGAACUUUACGCUAGAGGUCGUUUCUGGCACGAGCCUUCCUUGAUUGAAAAAGCCAACAACUUCAAAAUGCGAAAUUGUGAGGCACUGGAGAAAUUAUCAGAACGUGGUUAACUCAAGGGGUCAAGAUAAUACUCUUAAUACAAUGUUCUUAUAUCAAUUAUUCUAAAAUUUUCAAUGUAUUUCAAUGCAGUAUUUGAGUGAUCUAAUCCUGCGUGCAGCCUGGAAGUUAAGGACAGGCUGCAGACAAGCUAAAGUGACGUCAGAUAAAACAAAAUACUGUACAAAUAUUAAAUUUGGAAUUUCGUUGGUUGGCAUAGAAUAAAGUAGAUUAGACCUCUUCGGCUCUGACGUAAUGUUUUCCCAUUUCAGACCCCAUGUCAUUCCCUGGAGUAUCAUUUCUUUGUUUAAGGUUUGCGCUCGGUUGCACAUUAGAAGACACAUGAAUAUGGAUACGGCUCAAACAAAGGAUCUUAUUCUCAAGGGAAUGACACGUGGUCUAAAAUGGGAAAACAUUACCCCAAGCCGAAGAGGUCUAUUGUUUCUUUCCUCAACCAAAUUAGUUUUAAUAUAAACCGAGCUUUCGCUAUAUUUAAUAGAGACUCUGGCAGAAAACUGCCUGGAAAUUAUCUGCAACUUAUUUGAUUUACUAUUUGUACUGAUAGCUCGCGCGUUUAUGUGAGCGCGCGAAAUGAAUGCUUGUUAACGUUUGUAGCACGCGCAUAUAUGUUUGUAAUCGUGAUAGUUUUAUCGUUGAUUCCAUUGUACCCUGAGGAGGGGCGAGUAUGCCAUAUUAAAACUAAUUUGGUUGAGGAAACAAACAAUUCUACUUUACUGUACAAGUAUUUUUAUUAGUCAUGCAUUUAUAGUCGAUAAUUCAUCCUAAUGAAAACCUUUAUCAUAGUAUUAGUAUUAUUGAAUGUAAGUCUUAUAAUAGUGAGAUAUGACUCGGGUGGCUGCCUUUCAUGGCACACAAUUUAGCCCCUUCUUAUUUAUCUUACGACUGCCUCUUAAUUCACGUGGUUUAAUUCGACAUUUCAUGCACAUAGAACAACAGUGAUUCAUAGUACUAUACCAGCCAUCUUCCGCAACGUGCAAGUGGCGGGUUUUCUUCAAUAUUGCACCUUCAUCCACCCUCAUUCAUAUGCUUUACAACAGUGCUCUAUGAUUCUAACUAUUACCAUAUCAACUCUUUGCGUUGUAUGGUUUCUUCGUCUACAACUAGACUUUCUUGACGUCCAAAUGGCGGAUUUGCUCCAAGACUGCUAUAUGCACAUAUGCUUACAAAGCAAUCGCCUCAGUUCUUUUCUUCGACUAGACUCUUGCAAAGCCCAAGUUUUUGUGUUAAUAUCGUAUGUAUGAAAUACGAUAUGUCAUAUUAACUAAUUAUAUUUUAUUGAUGGUUUGUAACCAAUCCUAGAAGGGUCAAAAGAAGAUACACGGCCAUGUUGGGGGUAUUGACACUAGAAUUUAACAAAAUGUUUUUGAAAAUUGCAGUCAGGAUAUAAGUCAAUGACAAACCUUUUUAAAUGUAAAAAAAAAAAAAAAGUUGAAUACCACUAACAUGGCUGCGAUGAAGUAAGUGUGACUAAGGAAUAUAAUUACAACUGGGACCAGGUAUAAAUAAUUUAUCAGUCGGUUUUAAUAAUUAUAUAUAGAAGUACAUGAACUAAGAGAUAUAAUGGAUUGUUGUUUUGCAGAUACCCUAUUUGAAAAAAGAAAUCACUAAAUAACUUGGGCGCAGUUUACAUGAAGAUAAGUUGAUCCAACUGCUAGCUAAAGAAACUCAAGACAAUGAUUUUCCCUUGCACCCUUUGCAUUAGGGAUCAACCUACCUUCAUGUAAACGGGCAACAUUCCAUGUUGGGAUUAGAUAUGCAAUGGAAAUCCUUAAGGCCAGUCGAGAUUUUCAAUGCCCUUCAAGUUUAGCGAUUCUCUUUUAAAAAAUAAGGAAUAAGUACACGAUCUUUGCUGAAAAGAUUACAUCAACAAUAAUGGUUUACAAUCCUACUCCAGAUAGCUCGAGUCAGAAAGUAAACUAUAACUUUAUGAACCAGAGGGUAAUGAGAACUGUUUUGCCAACAUACCAACUAUAUAACGAUGAAAUAAGUAAUUUGAAAAGAAAGAGAUUUGAUCUAUAUGGAGUCAAAGUUGCAGUUUUCGUUGCCUCUAGUUUUAUUUUAACAAACCACCUUCCUACUUAGGCCAGGUUUAAAACUUUAUCGCAUUACGUUACAUCAUGAAAAGAAUCAUGGUUGUGGUAGAGGCGGGCAACAACAACAACAAAACUUCAAAAUGUGUUUUUUAGAACUUGGGAAAGCAAUGAUAGCCCCCAAAAUACUGUACAUAUUUUGCAGGAUGAGCACCGGUUUAUAAAAUUUGUGAAAACAAGAUAUUGGAGAGCUAUCAAUUCAGCUGAAACGUAAUUAGCUCAAAUUCUUAUUAUUCUUCACCAUAUAGUCCGAAUUGUAAAAAUAUGCCGGCAUUGUCGUCAUGACCAUAGUGAAAUACAGGUGUAUGAUCACUGCUUUCAAGUCGUA